CUAAUCCCUUGUGGAUGAUCACGAAGGCCCCAGAAAGACAAGCGCGACGAUGGAGAAAGAGAAGAAGAUCGAAAGAGAGCUUGAAACUCUAAUCCUUUCCCAAGUUGGAGAAGUUUCUUGUUCAAUCGAUGCCGCAAACCACGUCGACGAAGUCAUCUGCGCUCUUCACCGCUUAGCAAUCCGUCUCUUUCCCGUCGAUUCAUCUACAAUAGCUAGCUAUGUUGAUGAGUGUUAUAGAGCGCAGGUUUUAGAUGCUGCGAUUCCGACAAAUGAAGAAAGAGGUGAAUUGUGGCUUGGUUUCUAUCAUGGAGCUGGGUUUCCGGCAAUGGCUAAGAUAUUGAUAUACAAUGUUGCUUCUAAUUGGCUACCUAAGUUUCCAGUCUCAGCUAAGAAGCAAGUGUAUGAUUCAUUUUUGGUUCAAGGGCCGUCACAUGAAACCAUUCAAGCUCUAGUGCCUGCAUUAGCUCGAAAUGGAGCUGUUGGCGAGUCCGACUAUAAGGCUAUUUGCUCAAAUGUUGAAAGGUUAUUGAUACUAUGUCUUCUAAAAAAUGAAGGAGUUCGUCAUAUGGUUGGAGAAUUCAAUUUUAUGUUAAGAAAUAUGGAGCAUGUUUAUGAAAUACAUAAACCAGACAAAAUGAAAACCAUAUGCAGGGUUGCCCAACUCCUUGCAUCCAUUCCGGACAAAGCAAGGCCAGAUGCCUCAUCUGCUCUUUCAUCACAUUUAUUCUUUCGCCAAGUUGCCAUUCAACUCCUGGUUGGUCUAGAAGAAGUUGUUCCUGGAGUUAUUGUUGCAAGUGACUCAAAUAUAACUAUUCAAGAUGGAUCUUUUUUAUUUGUUGGAGAAACAUUUUCACGGAUCUCUAGGCGUGGCUGUGCAGAUAUUCUGGUUGUUGAAAUGAUUCCGAGGAUAUUGAGUCAUGUUAGAAGCUGCUUAACGACAAAUGCUGGUUUCAUAUGUUCUAAUAUAUUUAAUACGACACCCAAUUCCAACUUGUGGUCAAGGUUAAUGGAAUCAGUAAAGGACCAGUAUGCCAUUGAAAGGUUAUGCGAAGAGUUGCUACGCCAGCUAGCAAUAGAGAACAUAGAUGAUAUUGAAGCUUAUUGGAUACUGUGGUUAUUAUUUCAUCAAACUUUCAAGGAUCAAAAAAUAACAAGGGUCAUGUUCAUUGAGAAGUUUUUACUUUGGAAAGUGUUGCCUAUAUAUUGCCUGAGAUGGAUCAUUCAGUUUGCAGUCCUUGAAUGCCCGCCAUUUGUUGACACUAGGAUGGAAGAUCGAAAGUCAAAGGGAUUCCUAGACACUGUACGACGUCUGGUUGUCAUUUGGAGCAAAUCUGAAUUUGUGCAGUCAACGCCGAUGGAGCAACAAGCAUAUAUAACUGCUGCUGUUGGUUUCUGUUUAGAGAAAAUGACUAAAGAAGAACUCGAAACAACUAAGGAUGUCUUGCAUCUAAUUCUACAAGGAGUUAGUUGUAGGCUAGAGAGUCCAAUCCAUUUGGUUCGGAAAAUGGCAAGCUCUAUUGCCUUGGUGUUUUCUAAAGUUGUGGAUCCAAAAAAUCCCCUUUAUCUUGAUGAUGAGUGUUCUGAUACUGUUAACUGGGACUUUGGAAUUAUUCCCAAACCUAAAAGGCGACUAGGUGCUCCCGAUGUUGCUGAAAUUUGUCAUGAUUCAGAAUCUGCUUCAUGUAAGAAAGAUAAUAUUGUAGCUGAGGAUAAGAGGAAGAAGGGUUUGACAAGUAAAAUUGCACAAGAUGCUGAAUUUAAGGGCUCCAGGUCAGUUGAUUCUAGUAAGAUCAUCAAUCGCACAAUACUCAGCAGUGAAGGUUUGCCCAGCGAAGAGGAUGAUUUUGAAAGCGAAGCUUCUGAAGCUUCAGACGACUCAUCUUUACAGCCAUACGAUCUUUCUGAUGAUGAUACAGAUCUCCAGAAAAAGUUCUCCCAAUUGGCUGAUAUAAGUGUAGCUUUACGAAAAGCCGAUGAUCCAGAUGGUGUGGAAAGAGCACUUGAUGUUGCAGAACAUCUAAUACGAGCAUUACCGGAUGAACUUCCUCAUAUUUCAAGUGAUCUUGUGAGGGCAUUAGUGCAUGUUCGUUGCUCUGAUGUCACAAUUGAAGGAAAGGAAGAUUCUGCUGAAGGAAAGAGACAAAAAGCUUUAAUUGCCUUACUUGUCACAUGCCCUUUUGAAUCAUUGGAUGUUAUAACAAAGUUAUUGUACUCACCAAAUGUUGAUGUCAGCCAACGCAUUUUGAUUCUUGAUGUCAUGACCGAGGCAGCAGAGGAACUUGCUGAUACCAAAAUCAUACAAACAAAGGUGCAAAAACGGGAUUUGGUAUCUAACCUUUCAGAUGGACAGCCGUGGUUCAUUCCUAGUAGUAGAGGUCCUCCUGGAGUAGGCCCUUGGAAGGAAGUGUCAGAAACAAGAAGUGUUUUAAGUUGGUCUCACAGAUAUGAGAGGGAACUUCCUUCUAGACCUGAUCAAACUAAGAAAGGCAAAUCACGGAGAUGGGCCCUUGGAACAAAAAAAGAAUCCCAGUUGGAAUUGACAAAGAAUAAGUUUCCUUUGUAUGCUGCUGCUUUUAUGUUCCCUGCCAUGCAAGGGUUUGACAAAAGAAGACAUGGUGUGGAUUUGCUGAACAGGGAUUUUAUUGUUCUUGGGAAACUAAUCUACAUGCUUGGUGUUUGUAUGAAAUGUGCAGCUAUGCAUCCUGAAGCGUCAGCACUUGCGCCAGCCCUCCUCGACAUGUUAAGAUCUAGAGAUGUAUCGCAUCAUGCAGAGGCAUAUGUGAGGAGGUCUGUCCUUUUUGCUGCUUCAUGUAUUUUGGUGGCUCUACAUCCGUCAUAUGUGGCCUCUGCUCUAAUUGAAGGCAACCAAGAAAUUUCGAAUGGGCUUGAAUGGAUCCGUAAAUGGGUCCUUCAUGUUACUGAAUCUGACCCUGACACAGAAUGCACAAUGAUGGCAAUGAGAUGUCUCCAAUUACAUGCUGAGAUGGCCCUCCAAACGUCACGGGCAUUAGAAUCUGCAGGCAGUUUGAGGUCAAGAGCUAAUGCAUUGCCUUCAAAGAUCAAUGAUAUUAUCAUACCAUCAUCCAGUAUGGACAACCAUAGAUCUUCAGUGGGAUCUGCUACAAGAGUGGCCAAUAUCAAGCUUUUUUGACGAAACAUACGGAUAAUAAUGGAAUUUGAAUUGGUUUGUUCUGAAGCAGUAGAAGCUACUUUUAGCUGGUACAAAAGAGUCCGUGUGGAAAACACAACCAAGGUGAGAUUUAGGCACCCAACUUGAUUCUAGGUAAAAUAUUCUCUAGAGGAACCUUUAUGGAAAUAGGGAUGCAGGAGAUUGCGACAAGUCUCCUAGAAAAACAUGAGGCCACAUGUUCGAUAAAAAUAAUAAUCAGUUUAAGAUUUGUGCUGGAAGACAUGUCAUAUUUCUCCUAUCUUCCUUGAUGAUUUUCUAUGGAGGAGUCGCAAUAGGACUUCUUCCCCCCAAGAAUUAAACACCAGCGUAGACAUAUCUAACCAAGGAUCAUGCAUAAUAAGUGAAGCUGAAAAGGCUUGAUUGAGAACAUGAAAUUCUGGGAAAUGGCUCUUCGAUCCAUCACCCGUGAGAAAUUGAAAGAAGAGGGAUGUUUAAUAUAUGUAUCAUCUGGUAACUUUGUAUUUAUCGGCUCAUAAACUUUAUCGAUGAAAACUGAAAUAUGAACUAUUUUGACUAUUUAUGCUUAAUAAUGAGUAUUAUUGUGUUGAUAUCUGAUGUA